GCUUAAUUUGACGACCAGUGCCACUAGACGCAAACGAUAAUACAAGAGAAAGGUCGGUCUGUGACUGGAAGCGUAUUUUGCCUAACCGAAUUCGAUACAGCCGUUGACCCGAGGCAAGAUGGCAGCACAAAAGGGAGCGAAGCUUGAUGCUCUUGCCAUCAAGGCGCUGGUUGCCGCCGUAGAGAACUCAGCACCUUCGGCCGGCGACAUAUUCAAUUGCCAAUCUUUGUGUCGCCUCUUCCAGCCUUUGAAACGAUGCGAUGCUCUCGUUGCGGGGCACACAGUCAAACAACAGCAGACUCUACUGUGGAAUGCACUGAAAAAUGGAAGCACCAACAAAAGCAGCAAGAACCUUCUGAAGCGUUUCUUUUCGGGCCUGCACUCUAUCGUGGAACGAAUCAUUGAGGAAGAAGGAUUUGUUCCCGAAUCGGUCAAAGAUAAGGGCGACAGCAACGAAGACGGCGGCGACAUCAACGACAAAGACGUGAAACCCGACAAGAAAUCCGACGAUUGCCUCCUCGUUCUGAAGUGUGCUGCACUGGCCGUUCGGGCCUUUUUGGACGGUCGCAUCAUUCGACAGAAAGAAAAGGAAGACGAGCAAAAGCGCAGGGUGGCCUUGAAGGUCCCACCGCAUAUUUUUCAGAUUGCGUCUGCUCUGCACGAAAGCCUCUUUCCUCUGCACUCCUGUGGAUCUCCGGCGGGACCCGCUAAGACGACGAUUCUGUCUCUUUGUGAAACCUGGUGGUUGUCCGAGGCGGAGAACCGAGAGUAUCUGAUCGCCCAGUGCCUGCCACUCAUCGUUCUAAAUGCCUCCGAUGAACGGAUCGAUGCAUUCACCACAAAAUCGCACAUUCAGCGACUGUACAAGCUUCGCAAAGCGUUCGGCUGUAUCGACUUUGCAGAACCCAGCAGUGAUUCCCUUCGACAACUCUUGCUGAGAGUGGCUUCGAACCCAGUUUGUCUUCAAUUGCCAGAGGGAAGAAAGUUUCUUGCGGGUCUUUUGCAGCAAGACGUCCAUUUAGUGCAAGAUUUGCACAGAGCGUUCCGCGUACAAAUCCCCGAAGCCAAACCGAGCAUCUUGAAAUCGUACGGAGAGAUAUACCAUCGGGCAUGGAAAGAGGUACGAGAGAACCAAGACGACGAAAUCUUAGACGACGACGAUGACGAGGAACAAGAAGAGAUCAUGUCCAUUAGUCAGGCGAUAGAACACGAAGUCUUGCAAGACUUGAUGUAUUCGGUCGUUAAUAUGGAUUCACCGGUAACCUUCAAGUCCGUGUUGACAGUCUUGGCACCACUUCAUGAGGAUAAAAAGAACAAAGAGGUUGCGAGCCUUUUGCACCGAUUAUACAGCCCCAUUUUAUGGCGAAGUUUGGCAGCUACGAACCCACGGAUCCGAAAGAAUGCCGUUGUUGUGCUGGAGAAAGUAUUUCCGCUGCACGAUCCAUCGAACUCGCUCUCGAUGAAGGACGCUGUUAAGAAAGCCACGGAGGCGUUGCAAAUCGCUCUACAAGACGUAGAUCCAGCAGUAAGGGUGGCAGCAUCGGGGGCUACAGCUCAAACAUGCGCUAUGUUUUGGGAAGUUUUACCGCCAAGGGAAAUCCGACCGCUAUUGAAUCGUACGUGCAGAUCAUGUUCAAGAAAAUUCACACUCUUUCAUUACUUAUUUAUCCAAUCAUGACCGAAAACUGAUUUGUCUUUGUCACGAUUCCUCUUUUUCAUAGAUAUUGUUAUCAAUCAUUCGUCCGAUUCGACAUCGGCUGCGGUUCGUGCUGCUGCAUUGGAUGCUGCUACAACUUUGCUUGGUACAAAGAAAUCGCAUGGUGUUCUACGAGCUUUGCUUCCCUCGCUGGGAAAUCUAAUUCACGACAAGACAGAGAAAGUUCGGUUGUCAGCCGUGAGAAUGCUUCUUGAAGUCAAAAAGUGCCCUGGAAUACGUUUUUAUCACGUGGUCCCUGUAGACCAUCUUAUGGCACGUUUUGUAGCAGAGGAGAAACUCCACACUAGUCGGCGCAACGCUAUGACGAAGGGAUUAACAGAAUUAAUGCUCAGUUCCUAUUUUCCUCACGGUCAAGACAUGUCUGCAAACAAGCUUCUGCAACGAACAGUUUCGUUUCUUUUAACCCAUCCCAAUGCUGCUUCAGUCUUCUAUGCAAACCUGGUAGAUCACAUCGAAGUCGAAUCGCUAGUCAAAUUCGUCAUAAUGCUCCUUAAAUGUGUGGAAUCAUGCGUCGGUUCGGACCAGGCAAAACAAGUGAAAAAGUGUUCUAAAAUGAAGAAACGUCGACGUAAUACAAGGGGAGAGGAAUCUGAUGAAGAAAAUGAUACCUCCAAUCACGAUACAUCGAGUGGCCUAUCUGCAGCAAACACCUCUCUGAUGGCUAGUUUGAGCGAUACAAUCAACUGUUUGUGGGACUCACUCACUCACUUGCUUGAUAAGCCAAAGAACAAAGCUUGCAAAAGAGUUUUGGAGGAUAGAUUUACCAAAAAGGAUUGUUUGAUUGACAUCGUGGCACACUUCGAACAAAAAGGACUUGAGAGUUUGGCGGAAAGUAGUAACGACGAAUCCCGCCAUAAUGAAUGUUUUCGCACAUGCUCUUCCUUCCUAGAUUGUGCGGGUCGACUUGACCAUGCAUCGACGAAAAAGGUUGUUUCUUAUGUUACGUCUUCCUUAGCCUCGAUAUCUAAAGAAGAAUCCAGGAGCGUCAUUCCGUUGGUUACAUCAUACCUCUCAUUUCUAUGCAAGUCAGGGUUUAUUGAAAAUGUUGCAGAAGCUUUGGCCAGGUCUAUCGACGAUAACGGAAUGGAGAAUGUCACUCUUCUGUCACCGGAUUUUGAAGCGUCUCUGGGGCUACAAAGAAGUCGAAGAAGAAGCUCUGCCUCGAGAAAGGAAAAGGACGGUGUUCUUCCAAACUUUCCCAGUUUCAUCUCUUGGGGCAUUUUAGAAUAUGUGUUGCAAGGAGCAAGCUCUCAAGGACGUUCUAUCCGCCAAGCUAUCUUGUCAUCUGAUUCUGCAACUCUCACAUUAGAGAGAGCUUUUGAGAAGGGAAUCAAACUAUCGGAGCGGCUUUUGGCAGACGACGCGAUAGCGAGAAACUAUGGAAACAAGGAAGUUGAAUAUGCAAUACGAGCUAGCGAGGCCUAUGGACGUUUCGAGCUUCACAGGGAAUCAUCUGUUGUGUUUGAGAAGAAUGAUAGUACAUCGAUGGAUCGACAAGUCGGAAAGCUGCUCUUGUGGACGACAAAUAAGAUAAUUCCAGCAUUUAUGCGAUCGGACGAUGGAGCUGCGGCACUUCGUGAUUUAGAUCUAUCAAGCAUAUCGAAUCGGCUAUCAAUGUCUGUGGAGCAUAUUCCACCUGGAUCGCCGUCGCUGAUGUCACCUCCGAAGCAAAAGGCGAAUUGUGGAAGAACUCCGGAGGCCAUGCGAGGUACAUCUUCAUUGUUUGUGGCAACUCCCAUCGAUUCUCCGGUCAUCUAUUCUGCAAAAGUUGGCAGUGCACUCCUAUUGUCUUCUUGCAUCCUAUCGUCGGAAAUGCUUGCCAUGGGGAUGACGAACGCUGAUGAAAUAUCUAAGGCUGCAGUAGGCUGGAGCCAAAUUUUURACCAGAGCAGAUGGCCUGUCGAAGAGCAACUAAUUMAUGCCUUCGUUCGUCUAUCAAUUCAAUUGUUUCGGGCCUCUGGGAACUGUAGUUUGUUAGAAGAUCUACUCGUCAAGUGCAACAGCCACUUUAAGGAGAGUGGUGCUGCCGAGAUGAUGAAAAAGGAGCUCCAGUUGUUGCUUCGCCUACGGAACGGAAUCAGUAAUCUACUGCCCUCAUUUUUCGUGGUUUCAAGACGUAUAAUCGAAUCGGGGAAAGUGCCUGUUUCUUUUGAAAAUGUGUGUUCCAUAAAUGACAUAUGGGACGAAGGGGGGUCUAUCAAAAUCUUUUUCGAUGCAAUUCAGGGAAAUUCGGAGGCAGUGCUCGCUUUUGCCGAGGCUAUUGUGAAAAGAUUGAUAGAAUGUGAAGGGGAAAUCGAUGGCGUUCUCAACUUUGAUGCAAAGUGUCUCUCGUUCAUAAUGAAUGAAGCCAGUGGACCUGCCAUGACGAAAAUUAUUAUGAAGCUUGAUACCGAACAGAGCACGAAAGAAGGAGAAAUGCGUCUAUUGUUUGAAAAUCUUCUAGAGUGCAGAGCGUAGUGCAGAGGGAAUUGAAAACUCCAAUCGAUCCAACUACGUGUACGCGUCAUGAAUCACUGAUGCUCCUUCGUGUACUUUUUUGUAAAAAGAUGGUGAACGAUUCAAAAAAAUGGGAAGUCGACGCCAAGAUAGAAAAUAGUAGUCUCUAAAUAUACAUUGUGAAUAUAG